AUGGCCUCCGAAAGCCCAGCUUCACAGGCGAGUACUCCGGUAGGCGACAAACCACGCAACGUCUUGGCCUGCGUCUUUUGUCACCAGCGCAAAAUCAAGUGUGACCGAAAGUCCCCCUGCGCCAACUGCAUAAAGUCUGAUCAACCGUGCGUGCCAUCGACGCGAGCACCACCAGGAGCUGGUAGAAGACGCGUGGUGAAGGACCUGUUGGAGAGAUUGAAUCAGUGUGAGAGUCUUCUGAGCCAGGUGGCUCCGCGCGAUGCCGAUGGCCGCCCCGUAAAUCCCGACACGCCGGGUUCCUCACGCGAUGUGGCGGACAGCCCGGCAAUGUCCCACAUAAGCUACGAAGAAGCUCGGAAACAACCCAGCUCAAGACCGAAUGGCAAGAUUGUCUGCGAUGAAGGUCGACCAACAUUUAUGGAAAAUCCGUUUCGCGGCAAUGUUCUUGACCACCUUCAAUUCUCCAAGCUCAGUCUCGAAGACAAUGACACCGAGCAAUCAACGAACCCGUCUGGUUCGACUAGCGUCUCAGAACGCGGCGACUCAAUUCACCAAAAGUCUAUGGACUUUGACAUAUUAGCUCUGGGACCAGUCGAAGUUCUGCGCCUGUGGCAGGUAUUCCUGGAACGAGUCAACCCUAUGAUCAAGGUCAUUCACGUACCUAGCCUGGAACCUCUAGUCUUUGAAGCAGCAACAGACCGCUUCAACCUGAGCCCCGACCUCGAGGCCCUGCUCUGCUCCAUCAACGUUGUUGCAAUCAUGGCCUUGUCGGAAGCGGAAUCAAUCCAGAUGCUCAAACUCGAAAAGGCAAGAGCAUUACGAAAUUCAAUGUCUGCACUGAAAAAGGCCAUGUCCAAAGUGGACUUUUUACGAAAGUACAAUAUGACCACUUUGCAGUGCUUAGUGCUAUACCUGGUGUCUCUUCAGGGGCAAUUCGAUCGCCACGCCGCAUGGGUGUUGACCGGCAUGCUAGUCAGGAUAGCUCAAAGGAUGGGUCUUCAUCGCGACGGAGAACUCAUAGGUCUUCAACCAUUCGAGACCGAGAUGCGCCGCCGAAUCUGGUGGCAAAUCAUCAUGCUAGAAACAAAAUACGCCGUCCUCGCAGGCUUCGGCGACACGCUCCUCCCGCCUAACUGGGAUACAAAACUCCCAUCAAACGUCAACGACGCCGACUUACUGCCCGGCUCAACAGAGCCGGUCAAGUCUCGCGAUGGAGCAACCGAGAUGGCAUUCUGCCUCAUGCUCUAUGAAUCACGCGCCUUCUUCUGCGACAAUCCCAUGCCGGAGUUCGAAUCAGUCAUCCUCAGCGGGGACAAGAUCAGCCCGGAGAACUCAAGGAAAUUCUCCGGUCAACCACAUGUCCUCGACAGGUAUCGACUCGCGUUAGAUCAAUACGAUGAGAGACUCGCUGUGGCCGAACGACGGUUCUGCAACCCGACGGCAGGCGGCAUACAUCUCGUUGCGAGUAAGAUCCGGUCUUUCACGGCGCAGAGGAUGCGCGACAUGAUUAUGCACGCGCGAGAGCCAUGGGACGAGAACAAAGACGGCGGAGCGAGCCAGCAAUCCUUCUUCAGAGCAUGGGUCAUUUCCUUCGAGAGCGACGUUAGCUGGUACGACACGAUCGACGACAAGUUCACCUGGUACCUAAAACUCCAUUUUCAAUCUGACGCUUUCUCCGUCAUGAUUGAGCUCCUACAGUGGCAGCCCGUCGGAACACUGGUUGACAGGGCAUGGAAGGCCAUCGACCGACUCUAUCACCACCACCCGGAGAUGUACGACUUGACUAGGAAGGACAACUUGCUGCGCGCGGAAAACUUGCUUGCAGGGUGGGCACGACGGGAGCUUGCGUUCCGAAAUCUAGGCAUGUCGUGUGACACGCCGCUCGUUGUGGCACGGUUCCGGAGCAGCGAAGUUUUCAAGCAGAGACAGCCCGACGGUUUGCCAGUUGAGCAGUGGCCGGCACCGACGCCGGACACCGCGCUGUUCUCUGACAUGAGUCCAUCCGACUUUGAGACGUUUGAUGGCGGGAUGCCUGGAGAUACUCAUGGUCUUAACUUCAGUCUUUGGGGUGGUGGUGGGCCGGGGCAACAUGCUCUAUGA